GGUUAAAAGUGAAACCGACAGUGAAACGAAUUUCAUACAUCAACGAAAAAAAUCAAAAUGAGGGCAUACCUAGCUGUAGCAGCUGUCGCCAUGAUGGCCAGCAUGGUCAAAGCAGGCCAAAUCUACACCCCAUACAACCUCAUAGCCUCCCAUCAAAUCCUCGCCCCCCAAUACUACGCUCAACCCCAACACCAACCCCAACCGAGGAUAAUCCUUGCCACGGACGCGCACAACCAGGACCUCGCUCACCCUGCUGUCGUGGAGAAUGCGAUUGCGGAAUCGCGACUUCCCGGCGAGCUGUUGAACCCCUUCUACAAGAACCCGGCGAUCGCGUCGGCCUUGGCCAAGGAGUCCUGGUUUUUGAAGAAGGAGUUUCCCGUGCACAACAGGGAAGCGGAAAAAAUCGACAGGCAGAAGAUUUUCCAGUUGGUCGGAAACAUUGAAAGCACAAGAUGAGUUUGUGCCAAAAGACUCUUUGAAUGAAUGGUUGUGUGAAUUUUUGUACUAUUUAUUAUUUUGUAAAUAAAUGUUUAAG